AUGUCAAGCAAUAGAAGUAACGAAAGGCGUCCAAGAGACUCACACCAGUCAUCAUCAUCAAGACACUACCGUGGUAGUGGAAGACCUCAUCAAGAGCCACCGCGACAAAGCGAUCAGCAAGCCUCUUCAUUCUCGUCAUCAUAUCAUCAUGCUGUCGGAACCUCUCAGCAACAGUCCCCACAAGAGGCAAGCCAGCCACUUUCCGCAAACGAGAUCGAAUUUAACAAUUACAUGGCGAACGCUGCAAGACAUGUCCCUGAUAACUUUUACAAUUCCACUGGAAAUGAUCAAUGGGGACCUUUACACCUAUACGCAGGCUUGCCAGUCUUAAACCGACCCACGCCCUCGGGAACCGAACCGGUAGCAUUGAAUGUUGGCCGGAACCAUAGUUCCUGCGAAAAUUGCCAGGCAGUACCCCCUAUAAAUUUUCCAGGAGCUCACUUUCGGUGGAAGUAUAGCCAUUUAGUUGACAAUCCUGCCUGUCGGUUGGGAAUGGAAAGGGCUCUUGCCAAUGCCCCUGUCGUAACUCAGGCACAGGGAGAAUAUCUCCACGGCCAGGCUUUUGCUGACAACAAUGAUCAUGGACAAAUGCCACCUCCUGUACCUAUCCCAGCUCAUCCGUCAAUGCCCUCAUCAGCAGCUCAAAACACAUACGCGAAUACUCAAAGCCGAUAUGUUUCUCCAUACCCACUCCAACAAUCUCAACAGCCCCAACAACAACAGCAACAAUACACCCAACAACCCCCCACAAUUCAACCCGUUUUCGACCAGUCAUCAUAUGACAUAUACGACGAAGAGUAUGACAACGAGCAAUUAGACAGUGCCGCAGCAGCGGAUGAAACAGCUUCCGGCCCCGGCUGGGGCGUCGAACCACCAGUCAUUGUCCCUCGAUCAGCUUAUCCCAGUUCUGAAAGUCGUGGUGAUCGUGGUGCGCGUAGGGGCCGCAGAAGAUAG